CGGUCAAUAAAUUAGAGAUAAGGCAGUGUCCAUCGUCACUUUGGUCAAGAACAAUUCACGAUGAAGGUUGCCCUGUUCCUUUGCUUUGCUGUCGGCACGGUGCUCACUCAAGUUCCUACUCCUUGUCAAUCGCCUCCACAAUGGGAAGGAAGGGAACUAAGAGUUGAUUACAGUCAAAAGUACGAGGAAUACCGCCGAAUCUUCUACGAUGAGACCAACAAGCGUGUCCGUACCAUUGCGGAAGUGGAGUUCAACAGCACCAGGGAUUUCUACGAUGUCCUUGACCUCUACGCCACGAACCAGCGGUACAGCAUCAAUAUGAGGACCCGUCAGUGCAAUACGUCCAUGAUAGACAGGCCUUUCCGCUACCGAGGUGUCCACCCAGACGCCAAAUUCGAACAGCUGUUGUCACUUGGACUCACCGGAUACCCCGGAGAGAGCAUCCAAUUGGCUAUCUUCUCUGCCAAUGAGACCGAUGAAUUCUACACCGGAACCGUUGCUUAUCCAGCAUGUAUCCCUGUCACCAACAUCCACAUCACACAGAAAUAUGGUUUUGAGCACAAUGACUAUUUCGACAUCACUGCCGGAAUUUCCGACCCGAUGGCUUUCGUUCCUCCACCAGAGUGCACGAAAUCAUAGAUAGCUAUGUUUAUGUAAUUGUAUUUAUCUAUUAAAAAAAAAGACAAAAUACUGACGUUA